AUGGCGGUCGUCGGCAUGAUCUUCUACCGCCGCUACUGGUACUACCUGACGUCGGCCUACCUUCCCACCAUCAUGCUCAUGCUCAUCAGUUAUGCGUCUCUCUUCUGCAAGCGCGACAAUCGGGAUCUGAGGGUCAUGAUGGCCAUAACGACGUUGCUGGUUCUCUACGCCCUCUACCAGCAGAUCUCGGACGGCCUCCCAAGGACUUCGUACACUAAGGCGGUGGACGUCUGGUGUUUCUUCGCGAUCACGUUUAUAUUCUCGCAGGUGAUAUUCCACGUAGCUAUUGACGUCGAGAUAACCUGGCCUCGACGCAUGCGAACGUCCCCGAGGGUGAAGGAGAUCGACCUCGCAAACAAGCCUCGACGCCGCUUCCCUCCCCUCGUCAUCGCCCGCGUCGUCUACGCCUUCCUGCUGGUGCUCUUCUGCUUGAUCUACUGGGGUGUGGUUCUCGUCGAUAAGAACAGGGGCGAAAUGGAGCAUGAAUUUUGA